AUGUGUUUGAAAAAAUCCGUCAAAGAAAGUAGGGAUACUAUAAUAAUAAUUAUAAAAAAUAUAUAUUCACGGCUUAAAGUGAACAAAGUUCGUGACGUUAAUUUUAAUUUAAUUUUGCUUAAUAAAUUGAAAGAGUUAAACCAAGAGCACAGAAAUUUAAGUGACAUUUUAAUACCCACAAUCCAAGAAAACAAAAAUAUGAGAAUGCUGUUAUAUUUAAAAUCAGUAUGUAAUAAUGAAAACAUAGUUUAUAAUGUAUUAUCACAAAAAACAAUAAUGGAGAACCGAUCUAUAAAUGUGGGUUUCCAGAAAUUGUAUUUAGUGACUUACCGAGAAAAUAUUUUGUUAAAAUCAACACUAAAAAACAUAACACAAGAAAAAGAAGAUGCUGAAAGAAAACUUAUUAAAUUAGUAAAUCGAGUUUGUCAAUCAAAAAAUAAUGACCUCAAGGCUUAUUGCAGUCAAUUUAUAGUACAAACUAAAAAUAAUUUACUGAAUGGUGACGUAAAAGCUGAAAUACAAAAAUUUCUCGAAAAAUCUUCUGAUGAUGCUUAUCUUCCAGUAAAUAGAGUUUCUGAUCAAAUUAAUUCUUUAAAACUAAUGGAAUUUAUUAACAAUGAAAAUACAAUACCUACAAAAGAAAACGCCCCAAAAUUAAAAAGUGCUUUCGAAGCACAAGUUCAAAACUAUAUUUGGACAGUGAAAGAUAAAGAUGGAAUUAUUGAAAAACUUUACGAAUAUGAGAGUGACUUUCACAAUAGCACAAUGAUCAGAAGAAUAAGACAAUAUUCAGUAUAUUAUGACACAGAAAAUGUCGUAGACUUGUCUAAUUCUACGACGCUUAUUGAUAAUCAAAAGGCAGAUGUAUCGAAUUUAUUUUGUGUCACUAACCAAAGGUUCUUAUCAGGUUCGCAAGCAUUUAAAAAUUUUCUGCAAAAUAAUAAGAGUAUUGUCUUGAAACGAUCAAGAUCGCCUAAUUCUACAAUAUGUAUAGCGACUUAAGUUUG